AUGGCCAAACCUUCGAUUGCAAAUUAUAGACCUUUAGAACAAAACUAUAUUUUCAAUGGUGCACGAUUUAACUUUGAUGAAACUUCCAUGCUAUUCUCAAAUACUCCAAAUCUUGUGCAGAUUCCCGCAUUAUUUCCAUUUGGAUAUCAAUUUAACGCUUCACAACAACUACCAAAUAAUAAUUACGAUAUUACUCUCGAUCCUGGCUCUGACAGUGAACUUCAGGGCAUUUUGGUUUCUCAUGACAUAGUUUACUUUCUUUAUUAA